AUGUCGAAACUAACCUCCAAGGGUGUCGAUGCUAUAAAGCAAAUCGUCAAUGAUGCUACUUUGGACCCACACAAGACGAUCCCAGGACUUUCGGUGUCCAUUAUCAACAACAAAGGUGAAGACUUGGUCUCAUACGCUAACGGAGUAAAGAGUGCAGAUAGUUCGGAAAGAGUUUCAACAGACUCUCUAUGGUGGCUUGCCAGCUGUACCAAAAUCGUUGCUACCAUUGCAGUUUUGCAGCUAGUUGAGCAAGGAAGAUUGGACUUGGAUGAUUCGGACCAAUUGGAGUCGAUCAUACCAGAGCUGAAGCACGUUCCAAUAGCCUCAGAGGACUCAGAGGGUAAUAUCGUUUUGAAACCAAAGACCAAGCGUAUAACUCUACGCAUGCUUCUGUCCCAUACGUCAGGUUUCGGUUAUUCCUUCUUCAGCCCAGUGCUACAAAAAUGGAAGGAGUAUUUCGCAGUUGACGAAUUCAAUGCCAGUCUUCCUCAGGAAUUGCUGUUUCCUCUGCUCUUUGAACCAGGUACUGAUUGGCAGUACGGCGUCGGUAUCGAUUGGGCAGGUGUAGCGUUGGAGCGAGUCACGGGUGAGAAACUUGGUGAUUAUAUCAAGAACCAUAUUCUAAUUCCAUUAGGGUUAACGGAAAGUUCAUUCACCCCGGAUGAACUUCAAAGAUCAAAACUCGUGGAUAUUAGUAGACGCGAUGGCCAAACCGGAGAAUUGUCAACAAUCAAACACUAUUACCAAAAGGUUGUCACUGGUUCUUAUGAUGAGCUGUUUUUCCACUCUGGAGGGGCCGGGCUGUUUUCGAAACCUCAUGACUAUGUUCAGAUAUUGAGUGUAAUCUUGAACGAUGGUGAAUCACCGAAAACUGGUGCUAGAAUCCUCUCAAAGGACUUCGUGGAUCUUCUCUUCACAAAUCAGAUUCCACAAUGGCCAGAUUUUGGAAGAAAAGGUCUCCCAGAUGCCGACCCUCUGUUGACAAAUGCACUUGAUGAGAUCUAUCCCCAAGGAUCUGCACCCCAAGGUUGGGGUCUUUCCUGGUUCUUAACACCAGAACCUGGUGCAACUGGUCGUGGUGCCAAUACGGCAUUUUGGUGUGGUAUCGCCAACUGCUUCUAUUGGUGUGAUAGAGAAAAAGGAAUUGCAGGAAUGGUUGCUGGUCAGAUCCUACCAUUUGGAGAUGCACAAGUUCUAGGCUCUUGGGUUCAAAUUGAAAGUGCUGUGUAUGCCAACCUAGAAUGA